UCCGUGACGGUGGUCAGUGCCGGCGUGAUGGUGGCUCGACUGUUGACUUUCUUGUGUGUGCUGGUGGCAGUCACAGGGAUCACAGAUGAGCAAUACUACUCCAUGCCAAGGCUCUUCGAGCUGGACGACUACGAUGAGUGUCUGGUCUCACGAGGAGCAUUCUGUCUCGGCUCCUUUCACCUCUCCUCGCAAAAGUACAGCCGUCUCCUGAACAUGAUACAGACCGUUUCUGAAGACAAGCAUAAGUUCAACCACUCUAUCAUUCACCGAGGGUACUGCGUGACCUCGACGUGCGCUCACAUAUCUGGUGAAUUCCUCCCCGAGAUUUUUGAAGAAUGCGUCCACAACCUCACAAAAACGAAAUACAAGUUAGACGCAAAAAUCCUCAACUUGGAUUACUGCAAGAUCAGCACCAGUCCCCAUAGAGUGCCAUUGGAUGUAUAUGAUCUCAUAUUUGCGUGUGUCGCUGGCCUAAUAUUAAUGGCCAAUGUGGUUGGGACAGCAUAUGAACUAUUUCAUAACGCGGAUAAUAAACCAAAUCGUUUCCUCGUCGCCUGGUCCCUGAUAAGUAGCUGGAGGCGGCUGACAGCUUGCUAUGACAAGAAGGACUCCCGGUUUGACGCCCUCAUGCCAGUGCACGGAAUGAGAGCGAUCACUCUAAUUUUAGUGAUUCUAGCGCACUCGGUUAUAGCUCACCAUAUGACGUAUAUACACAACCCUCAGUUCCUGGAAAAGAGCAAUGCGCAUCCUCUAUCAACGCUACUCAACAACGGGACCACUAUCGUCCAGACCUUCAUAAUCCUGUCGUCUUUCUUGCUGGCUUAUAAUGUCAUGUUCUCGCUGGAUACUGAUCCCAAGAAGAAACUGAACCUCCGCAUGUGGUGGCAGAUGAUACUCCACAGGAUCGUGAGGAUAAUGCCAUUGAACAUGUUCGUCGUUGGCCUGUGUGCGACAUGGUGGCGCUUCUCGAGCGACGGUCCGUUGUGGACCUCAUUGAUAGAGGCGGAGAGCGCACGCUGCCGGCGCAAGUGGUGGACGCAUGUACUCUUCAUCAACAACCUCGUCAGCCCUGACGAUAGGUGCCUAGUACAGACUUGGUUCCUAGCAGCUGACAUGCAGCUCUACAUAGUAACCUCUCUGCUACUGAUAUUCCUGGCACGGAAACCGCAAAUCGCGAUCAAAGUUCUGACAAGUCUGUUUGGGCUUGCAAUAAUCGGAAAUUACUUCGUAGCGUACUACUUGGAUCUGAAGUCUAUUCUCUUCAUUGCGCACCCCGAAUUCAUCCGAGCACAAUACAUCGGCGUACCGUCGUUUAACUGGCAGUACGCGGCGGCGUGGGGGAGCCUGCCCGCCUCGCUUCUCGGCCUGCUACUCGCCUUCGUGCACCGCUCCCUUGCCGCGACCGGCUACCAGCUCCAACAGAACAAAUAUUACCGCGUGCUGUACCGCUUGUCUAUACCGAUUAUUAUUCUGUGGAUAAUGUGCGGAUACUUCGUAAGAGACUCGUCUUCGAAGACCAUAGUCGCACUCUACACAGCGAUCGACCGUCCCGUCUACUCCAUCGCCAUGGCCACGGCUAUGCUCGGAUUUUUCUUAAGAGUUGAUCGUAUUUACUGGUACGUGCUGUCUUGGCGAGUAUGGCAGAUCCUUAGCCGAAUGUCGCUGUCCGUGCUCCUCGUGCACUGGUGCUACAACCUGACAUUGCUCGCUAUCAAGACUAAUCUCGCUCGAGUUUCAGUGUUUGAAAUUGGCGGUCAUAUUUUCACUUCAAUCAUUAUGACCUACGUCACGUCUCUGCCACUCUACCUCAUGGUGGAAAUACCAACUCAGAAAGUAUUACAGAUGCUCUAUACUUCAUAGCAUUUGUGUGGAGUUAGAAGUAGUUAUAACUCAACACACUUAUGUAUAUAAACGUAUUACAUAAUAAUAAAUAAAAUAUUAGGUAUAAUAUACACACCAUGAACGACGACUAUAAUAAUAUUUUAAUAAUAAACAAUAUUAUGUAUUGUAGGUAUUAGUGGGUUUUACUAUCACUCUCUAAUGAUUAACUGGGUGAGUGAGCCAGUCUACAGGCAGGCACAAGAGGAGAUACUUAGUUACUAUGGAUCGCAGAGCAAUGAUGUUAUAAGGAGUAGUUUAUAUUAAUUUUUUAUAGUAAAGGUAGGCGGACGAGCAUAUGUGCCACCUGAUGGUUAGUGGUCACCAACGCCCACUGUAAUUUGCAUUAUAAGAAAUGUUAACCAUCGCUUAAAUCGCCAACGCGCCACCAACCUUGGAAAUUAAGAUGUUAUGGCCCUUAUGCCUGUAAUUACACUGGCUCACUCACCCUUCAACCCGGAUUACAACAAUACAAAGUACUGCUGUAAUGCAGUACAAUAUCUGAUGAGUAGGUGGUACCUUCCCAGACGUGCUUGCACAAAGCCCUACCACCAGUAAACAGAGCCCUAUCACCAGUAAAGUAAGUAUUUCUGUUGUCAAUGUAUAUGGGGAUGGCGACCAUUUACCAUUAGGUGACCCAAUUGCCCCUCAUCCUUCCAACCAUCAAUUAUAAUCUAAUCAGUUUUUUUUAAAUUGAUGUAUAUAGUUUGUUUGUAUAUUAAUAGCUAUAUUUUAAAAUUAUUCGAUUACAACAUGAUUUGAUCUUUUCAAAAAUACAGAUGUUUUUAGUGAUUUUGUUAUUGUAUAAUUAUAUAUUUCUACGUCAAACUAAGUAUUUACGUACAUUGCUUAAGAAUAAAUAAACAAAUCAGUACAUCGAAGCACAACAGACAGAAAAAGAGGUGAAGAGCAUCUGAUAAGACCAUGAUAUACAAUGCAACAGUCGACGGUACAAUUUUUUGUUUUUUAUGAAAACAUGAUAGUAUUCAAUAUUUUUUGCUAAAAGUGUUUACGCAUAUUUUUUCUGUUUGUUGACUCGUUUAUGUUUCAAUCAUGUAAUUAACAUAAUAUAAUUAUAUCUAAAAAAUAAUUCGCUACCACAGAGUUCAAAUUAAAUAUUAUAUACAACUAUUUCUUCUGCCCAAAGAUUGCGUGUAGACCGAACAUAUUUUUUGUUACUGUUUUUUCUUUGCAUACAAAGAUGUCAAAAUUAUAAUUACAGAAAUAGUUUAUAUUAUAAUUUUAAAAGAGCAUUUACGAAUUGGAAUUGUGUGGCAAUAUAGACUUGCGUCAUGAUGUAAAUAAUAUGUAUUUGGUUUAAAAGUCUAACAAAUAGUUUUUUUUUAACAAUGUCUAUUGUCUAUUGCAUAAACUUUAUGGGGAUUGAAAAAUCUAUUAAUGGUGAUAUUAUGUAGUAUUGCAUUUGUUCAAGACAAUAUUGAGUGGUUAGGUUAACGUAAUAAUUGAUAUAGUUAUGUUUUUUGUAUUUUUGUAUGUAAUUUUGAAGACAAAAAUUAUAUUUACAGUGUGAUAAAACAUUUACGUGUCUAGUGAAAU